AUAAAUAAAUAUGAAGAAAACCACGAGAGAUAUGUAGUCAGGUUCCCUAUAAAUACCGCUUGUGCAGUUCCUCAACUAUCAUUCGAGAAACUAAAUUCGCUUCGAACAAAUUAACCAAAGAAAAACAAAAUGAAGUACUUGGUGUUAAUUCUAAUAUUGCCAGUUGUUUGUGUGGAAUGUUUCCAGUUUUUAAAUGAAAUUACAAAAUGCUUUGGUGAUUAUUCAAAGAAUAAUUUUGCUACGGACAAAAGGCUAACUUCACAGAAAUAUUGUGUGGAUAAAAUUUUAUUCAAUAACCCCCGUUUAAAUAAAUGGAGUGACUAUUAUCCAGACAUAAAGAAUUUUAGUAAUAAUGGAGGAAUUCCAAAUGCUCUAGUACAAAGGGGAAUUAGAAAAGAAUAUAGAAUGCUCACUACCAAAGAAAGAGACGAUUUUCAUCGCGCCAUUAAUCUGUUGAAACAAGAUACGAGUAUGACUCCAAAUGUCUACGAUGCGAUCGCCUUCCUCCAUACUGGUCCCACGGUUAGAAAUGCUCACUCUGGCCCUUCUUUUCUAGUUUGGCACAGAAUCUACCUUAACAUAAUGGAAGAAGCUCUUAAUGAAAAGGUAUCAGGAGUAACAAUUCCGUAUUGGGAUCCAACACUUGACAGCUCUCUUGAUGAUCCUCGAGAUUCCAUUAUCUGGACGGAUAAAUUCUUGGGAAAUAUUAAUGGAAUUGUCAAUUGUGGUCCGUUUGCUAACUGGAGCACACCAGCUGGUCCCCUGAUGAGGAAUGGUGGUUUUAUUAGUAACUUACCAACUACUGAAGACAUAAAUAAUAUUCUGAGCCGAUGGAGACUUGCUGAUAUCACCGAACCAAAUGCGAUUGGUAAAUACAAUUUGGAAUUUCACCACAAUUCUAUGCACAAUUUUAUUGGAGGUCAUUUAGGUCAACCAGAAACUUCUCCUAUGGAUCCAGUUUUCAUACCCCAAAAUAUCUCGUCUGGUAACUCUACUUGCCGAAUUAAAAAGUGUUGUGGUCCCGCAGGAAGACUCAGUGUGCAAGCCAGUGGCAUCAAUUAUUUUGGUAACUAUGAAGAAAUGGUGAUAGUUGAUCGUAGAUUAGCUGUAUCAUCGGAUAUAGCCUACAUUGGUAUCAAAAGACCUGCAAUAAACAGCAGUCUGGUAUUUAUGACAGUCUCAGAACAAUGUGGAAGAAUAUGUCGUCCUUCUUGCUUAGUGCCGGGUUCAAAUCCACCGAGGUACACAGAAUGUAUAGGUUUGUUGAACUUAACUCACAAUGAUGCUCAUUUCUACGGCAAAACUCUGGCAGAAGCUUACAUGAGAGUGUGGGAUUAUAAAAACCAGAUACGACCGAAACUAAAACACGAGAAUAUACCAAUCGUAUUCCAUUGUGAUGACAGCCUGUGGCCAUUUAGCACCACCAACUAUACAACAACAACACCAUCAAUUUGGACAACAGCGUCAACACGUACCACAACUACUACUACUACUACUACUACCACUACCACUACUACAACUCCAACAACUACAACUACACCAACAACUACAACAACAACUACAACACCAACAACAACUACAGCACCAACAACAACAACAACUAGUAGAAAUAGUAAUGUCUUCUGCAAAGUUGAUGAUUCCUGUAUAGUGCCAUCGGGAUGUAGCUGUAAAUUCUUCGAAAAACAACCUUGUAUGCAAAUGUGCUCUAAAUAUGCUGUAUGUUUUGGAGGUUAUUAUCAUGUUGUGAAAUGUGGUUACGGUUUUAGAUUCGACAAACAACUGCAAAGAUGCGUCCGUGGAUACUGCGUACACAGAUAGUAAGCAAACGCUAUAACAUCAUACUUAAUAACCACUUCAACAUUCAACAUUUGCUGUUAAAAAUCAACGGUUUCUUGUGUACUUUUAUACUGAACUCCUCUGCAAUUCAUCGAUUCGGUUCAGUGCGAUUUAUAAGCAAUACAUAAAUCAUAAGCAAUACAUAAAAAUUUAUCAAGAUGGACCUUGGUUCUGCUGAGUGGCUAAACGCUCUCAUAAUCACUUAUUCACACAUGAUACUAAAUUAUUUAAUAUUCACGGUCAGUUGCUGCCAAAUCCGGAGUAAGAGUUAAUCAUUGAAUCAACGUUUGUGUCUAUACAUGUAUGCAUACAUAUGUACAUAUCUAUAAAGUCUGUGUACACCUGUACGUGUAUAUAUGCAUUUAUGUAUGUAUGUAUGUAUGUAUGUAUGUAUGUAUGUAUGUAUGCAUGCAUGUAUGUAUGUAAAUUAUGUAUAUAUACGUGUAUAUAUAUAUGUGUAUGUAUGCAUAUAUAUAUAAGCAUAUAUAUAUAUUAUAUAUAUAUGUUAUAUAUAUGUAUAUUAUAUAUAUGUAUAUAUUAUAUAUAUGUAUGUAUGCAUAUAUAUAUAUUAUAUAUAUAUAUAUAUGUAUAUGUAUAUACAUAUAUAUAUAUAUAUAUAUAUAUAUAUAUAUAUAUUAUAUGUAUGUAUAUAUAAUGAAUAUAUAUGAAUAUGCAUGAGUAAAUGAACAUGUAUAUGUGUGUACAUAUGUGUAUGUAUAUGCGUAUAUAUCUAUCUAUAUAUAUAUAUGUAUAUAUAUAUAUACAUAGAUGUACAUAUGUAUAUAUGUAUGUAUGCAUGUACGUAUGAAUGUAUGUAUACAUAUGCUGGUAUGUAUAUGUAUAUAUAUGCGUGUGUAUCUAUGUAUGUGUGUUCGAUUCCCGCAACCGAUGUUAUUUACACCUUCUCCUCCUCUUUUACAGAGUGUAUGUGUAUGUGUGUGUGCAUGUAUGAGUGUGUGCGUGUACAUAAUAUAAACGUUAAUGCUGUAGCAUUGCCUGCGGGAUUCGAGCACCGCGUUUAUAUCCAUAUUAAUUAUUAUUCUGAAAAAUCAGCGAAAAUAUUAAUCUACUAAUCAACUGAACUUUCAAGUACAUGUAUACAACACACACACACACACACACACACACAUGCUAACACACAAACAUAACUAUAUUUAUACUAAUACAUACGUAUUUAUGCAAAAAUAUUUUUAAAUGUAUGUGCAUACUCACUUUUGUUAUAAAAAAUAUACCUCUAUAUUAUAAGCGAUAUAACCUUCAUAUAAACAAUGUACCUAUGCGUUAUAAAAAUUAUAUGCCAUGAUAUUGAAUAAUAAAAUUAUUUAUUAAACAAAA